UCAGCACCAGCAGCCGCCGCCACCACAGCUCCUCCUCCAUUUCCAUCUCAGUCAACUCCAUCAACCAUGUCCGGCCGCGGCAAGGGAGGGAAGGGGCUAGGCAAGGGCGGCGCCAAGCGCCACCGGAAGGUGCUACGCGACAACAUCCAGGGCAUCACCAAGCCCGCCAUCCGCCGUCUGGCUCGCCGUGGCGGUGUGAAGCGCAUCUCGGGGCUCAUCUACGAGGAGACCCGCGGCGUGCUCAAGAUCUUCCUGGAGAACGUCAUUCGCGACGCCGUCACCUACACGGAGCACGCCCGCCGCAAGACCGUCACCGCCAUGGACGUCGUCUACGCCCUCAAGCGACAGGGGCGAACCCUCUACGGCUUCGGCGGCUGACCUGCGCCCGCUGCUCCAAUCUCCAUCUGCUAUGGUUUCGUUUCUGAGUGCGUGCGUGCGUUGCUGUUCCAUCGGUCUGUGUAGUUAGUGGAUGGCGAUGGAUCUGAAUGUAAUGGACUUGUUGGUUCUUGCAAGAAAUGAAUCUGAAUUCAAUGGAAGUUGUACUGCA